CAACCCAUCUCGUAUUGUUGGACGCCAAGCUGAGAAAGAUGCACUGGUUCAACAGUUAUUGUUACCCGCUGAAGAACCAUGUGAUCAAAACUAUAGCAUUGUUCCCAUAAUUGGUAUGGGUGGGGUUGGGAAAACUACUCUGGCUAGACUUGUGUAUGACGAUGUUCAAGUCAACAAUCACUUCAAACUCAAGGCGUGGAUCUGCAUCUCAGAUGAGUUUGAUAUCUCUGUUAGAAGCAAAGAGAUCUUUAUAGCUUUUGGAGGUGAGGUAAAGAAGGAACAUGAAAAUUUUAAUAAACUUCAAGAAGCUAUUAGAGAUCACCUAACACGAAAAAGAUUUUUAUUGGUUUUAGAUGAUGUGUGGAGUGAGAGUCGUGAGGAUUGGGAAACCCUCGUCAGUCCCUUUUAUACAUGUUCUCCAGGAAGUAAAAUCAUAGUAACAGCACGAAAGGAUAAAUUACUAAAAGAGCUGGGUUACAAUUCUCUGUACAAGCAUCUGGAGAGCCUGUCAGAUGAUGAUGCUUUAUCUUUGUUUGCUCUACAUGCAUUAGGCGUAAGAAAUUUCGAUUCACACUUGUCUCUUAAACCACAUGGUGAAGGUAUUGUGAAGAAAUGUGAUGGGUUGCCUCUGGCAUUGAUCGCACUUGGUACAUCACUGAGGACAAAAAAGAUGAAGAUUCAUGGAAGGGAGUGUUAGAAAGUGAGAUAUGGAAAUUACCUGUUGAAGAUAAAAUUAUCCCAGCCCUGAGACUUAGCUAUCAUGAUCUUUCGGCACCUUUGAAGCGAUUGUUUGCAUACUGCUCAUUGUUUCCCAAGGACUUCCUGUUUGAUAAGGAGGAUCUGGUUUUACUUUGGAUGGCUGAAGGAUUCUUCCAGCCAACUCCAAGCGAUUUAACAAAAGAAACCUUGGGUCAAAAAUUCUUUGACGAGUUGUUGUCAAGGUCAUUUUUUCAACAUGCACCUAAUAAUGAAUCAUUAUUUGUGAUGCAUGACCUCAUGAAUGACUUGGCGACAUCUGUUGCUACCGAGUUUUAUUUUAGGUUAGACAACGAGUCAGGGAAGAAUAUUAAGAAGAUGAAGCUAGACAAGUACCGCCAUAUGUCAUUUGUUG